AAAACCACCACCAUUCCUUCCCCAACUCCGCAGGCUCUUCUCCGCCCUCCGCGCCGGACGCGCUUCGAUCCAGAUCCAGGUUCUGGUUAGAUAUUGUGGAUCCACAUAAGUUGAAGUGUUAGCGUCUGGAUUACUUAGGAUGAGGCAGUGGCCGAGCCUAUACUCGUAAAAAAAGGGCUUAUCAUGGCAUCAAAACGUAUCCUCAAGGAACUAAAGGACUUGCAAAAAGACCCUCCAACAUCAUGCAGUGCAGGUCCUGCUGGUGAGGAUAUGUUCCACUGGCAGGCAACCAUCAUGGGUCCACCUGAUAGUCCAUAUGCCGGAGGUGUUUUCUUAGUGAACAUUCAUUUUCCGCCGGACUACCCCUUCAAGCCUCCAAAGGUAUCUUUUAAGACAAAGGUCUUCCAUCCGAACAUCAAUAGCAACGGAAGCAUAUGUCUCGAUAUUCUUAAGGAGCAGUGGAGCCCUGCUUUGACAAUCUCUAAGGUUUUGCUUUCCAUCUGCUCGCUGCUUACCGACCCCAACCCAGACGACCCUCUUGUCCCCGAGAUUGCUCACAUGUACAAGACGGACCGGCCUAAGUACGAGGCAACGGCCCGCAGCUGGACACAGAAGUAUGCCAUGGGAUGAAAACAAGCCCCGUAUUCACUACUUAAAUGCAGACGAUUGUGGUGUUGUCCCAAGAAAUUAUUUCUGGGCCGUUAUGUUCUUCCAUCCCUUGUGGUUCGUCAGUCUAUCAUCACCGCUAUGAGAUGACUUGUGCUUCCUGUGAUAACUUUGCUAGUGAUGUUAUUUGGUAAAUGAUUCUCAUUGAAGAUA